AUGAUCCAACUUUUAGAAGCAAUUGAGGAAACAGAGCCACCAAAAGGGAAAACAGCCGGAAACGUUAGUAGACUUUCUAAAAGAUCCACAAGAGCUGCACAUUCAAUCGUUGACAUCACUGAUAGGGAACUGUUUAGCAAACGUGGCCUUAUCGACAUUGAAACAAAGAAGAAGGCCCCCAUUAUAAAAAAAGAACGUAAGCGCGCUUUGAAAAGGAGAAACGAAAUGGUGCAGAGUUCAUCCAGGGUCAAGAAUACAAAAAGGAAAAAGGUUGCAGCUGCGACUACAGCCAAUAUUCCAACUCCAAAUGAGGGUCCACUUAAUGAAGAGCAUGGAAAUGCCUCCCAACAAGCUAAUGUGUUUCCACCAAAAAUGGGAGACAGAUUGGACACAACAAGGCAAUUUCAGGAGGUUGCUGCUGCGACUACAGCCAAUGUUCCAACUCCAAAUGAGGGUCCACUUAAUGAGGAGCAUGGAAAUGCCUCCCAACAAGCUAAUGUGUUUCAAACAAAAAAGGGGGACAGAUUGCCCACAACAAGCCAAUUUGACGAGCUUAUAAAGAUAUCUCGCGAAUUACUUGCGAGAGUAGUUUCUAUUGAUGAGAACAAAAAAACCAAGACAACACCCCACCACAGCGAAAAAGGGAGUCAUGAGGCCGGGCAGACCUAUGUAGUAGAGGAUCCUUCUAUAGAUCUGCAAUUUGCAGAUCGGGAUAUUUACGGGAAUCAGACGAUGGUGGAUAAAGAUGCUGUACAGCCGGACGAUUUCGAAAGCUCCGUGCCUGAGCCCCAAGAUAGGGAGAAAGGAACUUGCACAUCAGCACAAACCCAAGAGUGCAAAAGAAAAGCUCAAAAGAAGCCUCCAACAACCGUUUCCGCAAUAUUGGAUUCAAGUAAUGUAGUGGCAAAUCAUGUUGUAGAGUUUGAGUUAUUAACGAACCAGGAUAUUGCACGGUUCGAGACUACAGAGUCCAGCAGAGUAAGCCGUCGGCAAUAACUACAGUAUGGAGUUAGCGAGGGUCCUUAUCCGCUACGCGUAGCAUGGCCUCAAACAAUUUCAGCCUUUGAGGCCUGGUACACAAAUGCCGCCAAAACACCACAGUAAGUAGCCACAAUUAUAACGAUGUGUGUUUCUAAAGUAAUUUCAUGAAAUUACUCUUGUGUUAUUUUGUCGAGGUCGAAGCCAUUGAAGGGUAUGCCGUAUGUUGGAGACCGUUAUGCAAGUUGGUUUGAAGAAUUGUGGAAAGCCCGUGGAUGGCUUAGUAGUGAUCAUAUCGAUUGUUUGGUGCAUCUAAAUAUCGCGGCAUUUAAGAGGAACCCUACAGCCUUUCUCACAAAGUGGACCGUGGUGGAGCAGAUUGGCUGGAACGCCCUUUGUGCCGUGACGGAAGAUGUAUUGCGCAGUCAACUGAAACCUUACAUUGAAGGGAGGGCACCUUAUCAGCUUGCAACUCCUUGGUGGGAGGCGGAGAAGGUUGUGGGACUAGCACAGCUACAAAAGGAACAUUGGGUGUGCUACGAGAUCAACAUUGACGAGCAAUGCGUAAUCAUCUAUGAUUCACUUUCAUCUUCAAGGGAUCCACUUCUUGUCCGCAAACCAUUUGCCCGAGUGUUGAUCAAUCUAGCAUGGAUGUGUCAGGAGUGCAAAUUGUGGGAGCGAAGAUUCAAGAAGAAAAGCUUGCAUCAAGUCUGGGAAUUGAAAAUUGAGAACCACCCGCCUCAACAAGGAAACACAACCAACAGCGGAAUCAUGGCCUUGAAGUACUUUGAGUGCUUGAUAACCAACACCCCAAUGUCAGUACUCCACGAGGAUCACGGCGAAGAAUUUCGACGUUCUUAUUGCGCACAACUAUUCGAUCACUGCAGGCAAGAUCUUCUAGGGUAGAUAUCUGGGGUGAUGAUGAAUAUCCAGUUUUCUUACUAAAUCAACUAUCAAAUGCUUUUGUUUGCAACAUCGAACU